AAGGAAAGGGAAAACAAAACAACCUCCCUCCUUUCUUCACAACCUGGUGUUAAAUACACCAUCACUUUCUCUGCAUUCUUCGCUUCCAUGGACGAUUCCGAGAAAAUAAUGGCUUUGAAGACGGCCUAUGCGGAGAUAAUUCUGAACACGGCCAAAGAAGCAGCGGCGAGGAUUGUAAUUUCGGAGAAAAAAGCUUUUCGCUAUCAGCAAGAGCUCUUUGCGGCUAAAGAGGAGGGGCUGCGGAUGCUGCUUAGGCUCAAACAGAUGCUGGAUUCUAAGGUUCAUGAAGCUGGGAUGACAUCUUUGAGUCAACAGAGGAGGAUUGAAGAGCUUGAAGCACAACUAGGGGAAGCUGAGGAUAUAGUAAAAGACCUUAGAGUAGAGUUGGGAGAACUACAAGAUGAACUUGAGCAGGUGACAAACCAAAUGCAGCUUUUAAAUGAACAAAAUUCACGAGGAGGAACUGUUGCUUCUGUAGAGACAUCUAAGGUGGACAGACUCAAUACUUUCCAGAGCAUAAUUUCUCCUUAUCCAGAAGCACAAUCUGAAAUUAUCACAACUUCUGAAAUGAAGAAUCCACUUUUGAAUGGGACAUGUGAGAUCAAGCAAUGUCUUCAUAAAGGCAAUUGCUAUACCUGUAACUCUGAUUUUAGCUCCCUAGUAAUGAGGCACAAAAAACCUGAGCUGUAUAGGAAUGGAUGCACUCAAAGAAUCCAUGCACUUGAGAGAAGCCUGUUGGCUGGAAAUGUCUCCUUUUCUGGGAAAGAGGAUGAUAUCAAGAAUGAAUUGUCUGUUAAAGAAGAUGAAGAAGUUGAAGAUACACAUGUAGAACCCUUUGUGGAGGCUGAUAUUUGCAGAGUAGAGGAGAAGCCAGACAAAUAUGAAGGGAUGCAGGCAGAUGAUAAACGUACUCAAACUGAUGGUAUUAGGACCCCUCGCAGAAAAAGGAAAAGAGCUACGAGAUUUAAGAAAUAUAAAUCACCAUCAUCCUAUUGGUUCCUGAUCAAAUUGCAGAAACAUGUGAAACAUCUUGUUUUUCUGACAACAGGUUUUGCAGUUCCUCCUAAUUACAUUGUUGGAGUUGGAGAAGAUUCUCAGAUGAUUGAAAAUAAUUUUCAGAAGGAUCCAGAAUCCACAUUGACUAUAAAAUCAGUCUUAGGGACAGCUAAAAUACAUACACAGGUAGAAUGGGAAGAAGUUACUAGCGAAGUAAAUGAAGAGCCUAUCAAGGCUUGCACUGUCCUGAAGAAUGAGAAGUUACUAAUAGACAAAAUGGAACUAAGGCAGGAAAAUGCAUGUGAUCAAAAUCUGGAGGUUCCAUUAUCCACCCCAGAUGUUGAGGCUGUAGAUUUAUCUUUAGUAAACUCAGUUGUCAGUUUCUCUAAUUUGACGGAAAUACCAACUCAACGUGUAAAUAGUAAGCUCCUGAAGUAUACAUUCAGCAGGAAGCGGAAGAAAGAGUCUCUGAGCAGUCCUGACAGUUAUUGCUUAUUUGAGGAGACUAAUAUGAAGAGAAACCCUGAAGAAGAGAAAAAUAGUACUUUGGAACUUCGAAGCCAGAAGUCUAGCUUGAUAACUGAAUCCCCUGGAUACAGUUGGCAGUUAGAACAGCUUGCUCAUCAGCUCAUGUGAUUAUUGGAGAAUAAAUGAGGAUACUAGGAUAGCUGCCUGUACCCAUUGGGGAAGGUACUGGAUCAGAGGGAAAAGCAACCCUAUUGUCUGUAAAAUGUAGUUUGGAAGGUGGUGUUCGGCGCAAGAAUGAUGUCUUUAGAUAGUCUCUUCACAGAUGGAUAGCUGGGUAGACUCCUGAGCGGAUAUAAUACACGGUUAUUUCACCCAUUUGAGUUAUUGGUGCUGUUUUAUUUUUCUAAAUGGCAUUUAUGCCUCAUUAUAAUAUUUAAAUUGCCAAAUAUUAGCCCUUGCAUGAAUUUCAAUUAAAAUGGUUAAAUCACAAAAUUGCCUGUUAUUGCUUUC